AUGUUGCUUGACCUGUACCUGUGUCUUGUCCUGAUAUUUAUCCUGGGUGUGCUGGGGGUGCACUACGUGGCGGGAUAUGUUAAGCGCUGGCAUCUCCAUGAUAUCCCAGGACCCACUAUCGCUGGCUUCAGCAGGAUCUGGCUGAUUCUGCAGGUUCGCCAGGGGCAUCGCUCCAUCGUCGUUCAUGAUCUUCACACACGCUACGGCAAGAUAGUCCGCCUGGCUCCGAACCAUAUCUCCGUCGCAGACGAGUCAGCCAUUCAAGCCAUAUAUGGACAUGGCAAUGGAUUCCUCAAAAGUGACUUUUACAAUGCAUUCCUGAAUGUCGAUUGGAGCGUAUUCACUACGCGUAGUCGUGCCGAACACACUCGCAAGCGCAAGAUCGUCUCACACGCAUUCAGCGCGAGAUCGCUAGCCCAAGUCGAACAAUACGCGCAUAACAAUAUGGAGCUUCUGGUCAGACAGUGGCGCAAGAUGAUUGAUUCACAAGCAAGUUCAGACACUCGACAUGCAGUGAUCGAUGCCCGGCCAUGGUGCAAUUAUUUAACCUUUGAUAUCAUCGGUGACUUGGCAUUCGGUGCACCGUUUGGAAUGCUAGAGAGGGGGGAUGAUACCGUGUCUAUGCGGAGAGGGUCAAAUGAUUUAGAAGUCACCCUCAAUGCCGUGGAAGUCCUGAAUCAUCGCAGUGAUGUCUCUGCCACUCUUGGGAUUUACCCGGAUCUUAUUCCCUACGCCAAGUGGUUACCUGAUCCCUUCUUCCGUCAAGGUGCGGAGGCUAUCGCCGAUUUGGCUGAUGUAGCUAGAGCGACAGUUGACAGGCGGCUUGAUAUGGAAGUGUCCAUGGCAGAGAAACGUGGGGAUCUUCUCGCUCAUUUGAUAGAUGCUGAAGACCAAGCUGGUGCAAAAUUGGGUCAUCGCGAGCUCACCGGCGAGGCGGUGACCCUGAUCGCAGCUGGGUCCGAUACCAGUUCUAGCACAUUAUGCGCCCUCUUGUACUGGGUCUCAAGCACACCACGUGUUCUGUGGAAGCUACAGCUUGCCUUGGAUGAAGCCAUCCCUGCUGACGUUGAUGUCCCAUAUCUGGCAAUGGUGAAGAAAAUCACGUAUCUUCAAUGGGUUAUCUGGGAGACGCUCCGCAUCCAUAGCACCUUUGGCCAAGGCCUUCCACGCCAGGUUCCUCCCGACAGAGGACCCGUUGAGAUAUGCGGCCACACAUUCUAUCCGGGUGAUGUUCUUUCCAUCCCUGGAUAUACUAUGCAUCAUGGAGUGGACAUUUGGGGUACUGAUGUGGAGGAUUUCGUGCCAGAGCGUUGGGACCCAUGUCGCCUCACCCGAAGGCAGAAGGAGUCAUUCAUUCCUUUCAGUCAUGGUCCUCGCGCCUGCAUUGGGCGCAACCUGGCUGAGAUGGAGCUGUUUGUGGCCUGCGCGACGUUAUUCCGGUUGUUUGAUAUCCGCGUGGAGCGCCAAGGGCCUUUGGAGGUUCGGGAGGGAUGGCUCCGUAAGCCUGUCAGCUUACAGGUUGGUAUAAGGCACAGGUAUCCUGAUGCCCGGUCAUUUUAA